AUGAACGCACCUCCAGCUGAAGGAAGCUUAGAAAGACCAUAUCGUUCAAGAAAAACCAGACCUUGUGACAAUUGCCGACUUCGGAAAGCGAGAUGUGUCAUUGAAGUUGUAGGUAAUUCUUGUGCUUUAUGCCUAACGCUCAAGAUACCUUGUACAUACCACUUACCGCCCAUAAAACGCAGCAAACCCAAGAAAAGAUCCGACUCUAUUUCUGAUGAUCCGACUUUUGACAACCCAUCAUACGGCGAUGAUUACUUUAUUAACAACCAACCGUCUGUUCUCCGUAGCCAGCCUUCAUUGGAUAUUCCUGAAAGCACAGCUGCAUUAGCCAAAGCAAAUCUGAAAAGUCAAAGCAACCAAAGCUCUCAGAGAGUUCCUCUGAACCUGGCAGGAAUUACCGAAAUGUAUCAUACCUCUGACGAUAAAUUCGACAAGCUGGGUUUAGAUAUUUCGCUUAAUUAUCCCUAUGUGUUGGGUCCUACCUGUGAUUCUGACAUAGACUUGAUUCGUGAAUAUUUCUCCUUUGAAAACGGUGUAUGCUCUUUUGAUAAUAUGACUUUAAAGUAUGUUUCUUCAAACUCGAAAUCCCCUGUUAUGUAUAUUCUUGAUCCUGCAUAUGAGAACGACCGCCAUAGUGAUUUCGCUCGCUAUGAGCGCGCAUUGCACGACCUUUUAGCUACCCAUGUUGAUGAAACAACAGGCCGUAUACUAGUUGAUUUGUAUUUUACUCAUAUUCAUCCUGCAUAUCCUAUUCUCCAUGGGCCGCGCUUCCUUCUCUCUUACAAAAACGGUGCGAGGAACGUUCCGUCUAUUCUUUUAGCUGCUCUAUAUUCAUUAUCGCUAAUUUACUGGAAUAAAGAUUCCAGGCUUUCUAAUGUUCCCCCUUUGGAUCAGCGAAAGAUGUGGAAUUUAGUUGAAGAUGGUUUAAACUUUCAUUUUACUCAACCAAGACUAAGUACAAUACAAGCAGCUUUGUUGUAUUUAAUUGGACGUCCGCUUUCUAAUAUGUAUAGUCUCACAAGUAUCCUGUCGAGAACGACUGUUUUGUCUCAGUUGCUAGGUUUUAAUCACGAUUGUACAAACUGGGAAAUCCCAAAUGAAGAAAAAACUAUCAGAAAAAGGAUAUGGUGGGCCAUUUUUAUUGCAGACAAGUGGUACUCCAUGUAUUUUGGUUUAGCAACGAAUAUUCAUGAGGAUGAUUAUGUCGUCCCAAAGAUAAAUUCUAACGAGACUUUACCUCUCGAAAUUACUUCUUCUACGUCUUUCAAAACGUUCUUGAAAAUGAUAGAACUUAGUAUGGUACUGCAAGAUAUAUUACAAGAUUUGUUUACCAUUCGAGCCCUAAGCAAGCAUUACAAGAACAAUCGCUCCAUUUCUUACCAGAUUAGCGGAUUUUUUAGUCGUCUACAUUCCGCUCGUCCUUCUAAACUUGAAGAAUCUGGCCUUGGAGCUGCAUCACUUAGGAUCCAGUUUGACGCUGUGGAGAUUUUAUUAUGGAAAACCGCGCUUCGAUUUCAUCUGCCAGAAUUCCAGUCGGAAGAUUUAUUUACUUGUGUUGAACAAGCCAUUUCCAAUUUUAUGGAAAUUUCUCCUGAUUCAAUAACUGACUUUUUCUGGCCUUACGCUGGUUUUCAUUUUUCAACCCUUGUUUCCCUUCUGAUUCGCCUUCAUUUAGAUUUUCAUGAAAGUAAUACUUAUGGAGCAAGGGCCUUUUCCCUAUUAGAUGCUUUUUUGAGGCACUGUGUAACACUUCAUGCAGCUGGUUUUGAUAUUGUUGAAAUGGCUAUUGGCCGUUCGUCUUCUUUAUUAAAAGAGCUGGGCAAACAAUAUUCUCACUUAUCAGCUCUCCAAAGUGAUAUUUUUCAGUUGGAUGAUCCACUUGGAUCCGAUAUUUUUCAAUUGACUCAAGAACAAAUGUUUGAUCCAUGGAAUCCAGAAGCAUGGUCAUUUUCCCGGCCAUGA